CUAGGAACAUGUAUGGUGACUGGCGGAACCAACGAUGGAGUGACUCAACUUGUCGUAGACGCUGUAUCUGUUUUCAACAGAUUCAUGCCUAAAUCUGAAUAUUGUCCAACAAUUGGAAUCGUCUGUGCGGACCACAUACAGAAUAAAGAUACAUUUAAGCCUUGGGAACUGACCAGAGGAGCGUUCGGCAUUGACUCAGAUGGUGAGCUGUUUACCGUCGAUAAAAGCGGUAAAAGGUGGACGUUGAACCCAGCUUCAUUGAACGAAGUUAAAGUUCAAAGUGACGGUAACACCACGGCUAACGCAUUAACUGGUGAUGUUCAUGGCACUUCAUGUUCGCCUCCCUUUGCUGUUGGCGACUUGGUGCAGAUUGGCAGUGAUCUAGAGAGCGUCAUGUCUGCAAUGGGGGGAUGGUGGCGCGGUUUUAAGCAGAAGGGUGAUAACAUCGAACGAUAA